UAAAAAUGGCGGCUUGCUCUGGUCGCGGCUACGGCCGUCUUAUCGGAAAGAUUUGAAAUGUGUUGUGUCUCUGGCUUCUGAGAACUGUUUGCGCGUUCGUGCCGAUGCUUGUGAAAGUAUUCACCGCUCCACAGUGUGCCGUGAAUUUCUAGGGCUAUGGCUGUUAGGGGCCGACGUUGUGCUCCGGUCUUCGAGGCCGACUACAGGCUUAGGCCUAAUGAUUUUUUGCAUCCAAUUUUCGCCGGGAAUUCGACACAGAACCACUGCAUCUCUGGCACUUCAAGCGCUGGAGAAACUCAGAACGAUGUCGUUUCUUAAGGCCCUGUCACGGCAUCAGGAGCUCCUCCGACAAAUGUCACUUGCAUUGGAAACUGAUACUUUGCACCGAUCCGACCUUGGUUCCCCGCCUCAUUGUGCACGUUGGAAGAGUGGAAUUGUACUCUGCUGCAACUGAAUUUUUAUGGACCAACAGAUACUGUAAAGGCUGCCGAGAAUGACAGAGCUCCAAGUGACCUUGGAGUUCUCCGUUGAGCUAUUCAAAUUCAGCAAUGUAGAUCUCUUUCAACGCGGCUACUACCAAGUGAGGACAUCGCUCAAGGUGCCGCAAAGACUGCCAGCGAAAGUCGAGGUCAACCUACCUAGGAACACUCUAAUACAAGGAUACGCCCUACCCAUCGUAUUUCCCGCCUGCGUAGUCAACGGCACUGCCGUGAGCAAGACAUUCCAAAUUUUGUACAAGAACGAAGAAGUGCACCUCAACGACACUGUGACAUUCAAGGUCCAUGCUCUUGUUGAUGGCCACAGGAUACGAGAAACACUCUCCAAAACAGAUUUUCUUCUUUCUGUAGAGCUAUGGUUUACAGACCAAAAUUUUGGUCCGGAACACCACAAGACGAUCCAGUGCGUCAGCACAAGGGCCCUGACCCUGCACCUGGACCCCAGCCGUGGCCUCCACCACCAUAUCCCCGUGCUCUUCGAUUACUUCCACCUCUCUGCCGUGUCGGUGACAAUCCACGCCUCGCUACUUGCCCUGUGCCAGCCCUACCUCAGGAAGGGGCCCGUCUUGGCAUCAUCCCAACCGGGUUUUGCAAGGACUGGCAAGGCGCAGUGGUUCACAAGCAGUCCCAGGCUGUCCUCACGAAAGACCAUGUCAGCUAGUCUUGAAAGCGUGUUCUUCGGACCCCAGACGCCCGGGCGUCUGCUUGCCCGCCUUCAGCGUGCCUGCCUGGUGCACUGGGAACUGUGCUCGUUGCUGCUGACGGCCUACGGCAGUCUCCAGCGGCGCCUCAAGGAGUGCUUGCGCCUUCUGCCCCCCUGGCAGCAGCUGCAGCUCGACUCACUAGACCUGGCUUCUUGCCUGGAAGGCCUCAGUGACAUUGCCAAGGAUUGCUUUCUCCACAUUAAGAGCAAGGACCCAGCCCCUCCUCCGUGGGAGAAAGUCUUUGCUCAGAUCACGAAGGUGGACAAUGAAGAGGACUUUCUGGCGGUGGCAAACAGCGACGUGGCCCAGCUGUGCGGUGCCCUCAUCGUACUCUGGAAGCAGUUCUUGGAGGUGGUCCUUGGCCAGGAGAAAGUGCGCCAGCAGCUGUCCCGUCAGCGACACUUCCAGAGGGUGAAGCGCUUCGCAGAGGCCUACUUCAUCAUCGAGAAGCCCCGCUUUUCGGUCCUCUCUGCCAGUGACGCCAGCACCCAACUAUUUCACGAGGUGACUGAGGCUCUGCGGAGGUCCCGGUACCUUGCCUUGCUCCCGCCGUUGGAAGUGGAGUGUGCCGAGCUGGACGGCGACAGCAACAAUCUACCGGUCAUCUACGAAGAGCACUACCAGGACUUCAGGACUACGCCCCUCGGCUGCGGCUCACAGUCCUGCCUCAACCUGAGCGACAUCUCCCUCAGGCUGGAAGACCGGCGUCCCUCGGGCGUCGCGCACGGCUGCGCCGGCAGUGGUGCCAGGACCUCGGAGAAGACCCUGUCGACUUCCUCGGCUUCCAAGCUGUUCGCCCAAAAGUGUGCCUCAGUGCGCGGCCGCGCGUCUCCCACCCUCUCCGUCGACGCCGAGCUGGGCUCGCCCACGUCGACGUCUUCGACCUCCUCCGCCGACACCCAAGACCGCGAGGCCUUCCUCCGCCUCGGCAAGACCUCCUCGACGCGUGCCAAGGUCAAAUUAAAAGCACGCACGGCGAGCCUUUUGCGUCAGCUGAAGCGCCCACACCUCAACCACUCCUCGGUGACCCUCCUCGCCUUCAAGCGGCUCGAUGCCCUUCGGAACCACCACCGCGCGCUCGACGCCGGCAUCGCCGCGAGCGUCCGAAUGCGCCACUCGCAGAGCACGGUGGCGGUCACGAACGCGGCACCGCCGCCUCCGGUGCGUGCCGGCAGCCUACCCCCAUCGCUGCUCAACAGCGAGUCCAUGCCAGACCUGACGCAGCGCGGCAGCGUUCCGCCGGUGCCGCCGCCACCUCCCGCGCGAGCCCGGUUUGCGAGCGACGGAGUUGACGGAGUAAACUUCGUUUUCGACAACCUCUCCGUGACAGAUCCGCCGGCUGUGGGAGCCUCUGCGGCGGUGACGCGUAAGGCAGUCUCUGAGUCGUGUUCGUGCGUCGGAGCAUUGCUUUUGGGGCCCCGACUAGGAACCGGAAGUGGAAGGGGGCGCGGAAGCACGUGCGGAGGCGCAAAACACAGGAGGUCGACUUCGUCGUGCCAAGUCGCGUUGGAGGUGUGCCGCACAACUGCAGCGCAGGAUUCGAGGCGAGACUCGUUGGACGAGGUGUUCUUCUGUCCGACGGGUGGGUCCAGCAAGUCGACAUCGGGUUACGAGAGCGCCGACGCGUCGUCCGACGUGGUCCGGCUUGCUCUGCCCGGCGACGUCUCCGAGAAGCCGCUGCCCUCGCCGAGCGAGGCAGGAGGGGGCACGGUUCCGCCGCUUCCGCCACCAGAGUUCCGAGAUGAACCGACGGAGGGUGAAAGGCGGAACGGGAACGCGAGGAACGACGACGGAGCACACGAGAGGAAGUCGAAAGAAGCGUCGAGAUCCUACGGCGGUGACGCAUCUCGUUCUCCGCCGGCGAAACCCAAAGUGGCCGUUGAGAACGGCGGCGGCGGACCGCCGAACGCACCGACGAUGGCCUGCGAAGGGACCAUGUUUUUCCCGAAGCCACCCGCGCAGUUUGCGAGUGAGACGACAGUUCAGGAGUCGGAAGCUCGGCUCGAGUCAAAGGAAGAGAGUGAGGAGGAGCCUCCCGAAGAUCCGAACAUGAUCCAGAACGGAGUGGAACGGGAAGUCUGUCUGGAUCCGGCGGCCGGAGAAGUGCGGAGGAGGUACGAGGACCGGAGGGCGUACCUGGAGACCAAGUGCACCAUUCUGGAGAUGCUGACGGAUUUUAGGGACGAGUACGACAGCAAGGAGACUGGCCAACCUCGGCCCAACCUCGGCAGCAGGGACGGGGAGGGGGAGUGUGAGGAGGGCAGCGUCAGCGUGCGAAGGGCAUCUGCGGUCAACGCGGAUAUUGUGAGUUUUGUAAAGGCAAAGGAGGAAUUCCGGUCACGUCUCAAUAUGCCUUGGCUUUGGUACAGCGACUUUCCAGUGUUGGCGUCGACAGUUCCCUACUUCCAGUGUGAUAACGACCUGAGGGCAUUCAGUCCCGAGGGACUGCAUCUUGUGAUAUGCGUGCAUGGGCUGGACGGCAACAGUGCAGAUUUGAGGUUGGUUCGUACGUACCUCGAACUUGGACUUCCCAUGGUGAACUUCGAGUUCUUGAUGUCGGAACGUAAUCAAGGAGAAACUUUCGAAGACUUUGAAACCAUGACCGAUCGACUAGUCUCCGAAAUCAGCUACCACAUUGAGGUGUUCGCUCUCAAGCCAGCCAAGAUUAGUUUCAUCGGGCACUCCUUGGGGAACAUCAUAAUCCGUUCGGCGCUCACGCGGCCUGAGAUGAAGCCGUACCUGGGCUGCCUCUGCACCUUCCUGUCCCUCUCAGGUCCACACCUGGGCACGCUCUUCAACAACAGCGGUCUAGUCAACAUGGGAAUGUGGUUCAUGCAGAAGUGGAAAAAGUCGGGAUCUCUCCUCCAGCUGUCCAUGAAAGACACAGCGGACGUGCGGCAGUCUUUCCUCUACAAGCUGAGUCAGAAGCCAGGUCUGGAGUUCUUCAAGCACAUCCUCUUAUUCGGCUCGUCCCAGGACCGCUACGUUCCCAUCCACUCUGCUCGGAUAGAGCCUUGCAAGGCUGCGAUCAAGGAUAACACGUCAACAGGUGCGGCGUACCGCGAGAUGGUGCAUCAUCUUCUGCGGCCGCUGGCCAGCAAGACGGACAUUAGCCUCGUGCGCUACGACGUCCACCACGCCCUGCCAAGCUCUGCCAAUUCCCUCAUCGGCCGCGCCGCCCACAUUGCCGUGCUCGACUCUGAACUGUUCAUAGAGAAGUUCAUGGUCGUCACCGGACUCAAGUACUUUGUCUGAGCCCCGCUUUUUCCAAGUGCCGACACCGAGUUUCUUGUUUUCUCCGCUAACGCCUCAUGUUUUGGGUCACUAUUUUUACAUCUGGUUUUGUAAUAAUCGGUGAAAUUUGUUCCUGUCGGAAAGCAUUAUCAGAUUACCAUAUGUACGCUCCAUCUCACCCUACGACGGACCGCGACGGAUGCUACAAUUCGCCUCAGCCAAUCCACCGCCAUGAACGCAUCACGUGACCACGUGCCCCAUACGUCGCUGCACCCAAAUCCAAUCCCUUGCAGGCAUUGGAUUUGCUUAGAUGGCUUUUAGCAUUCGCUGCAGUUCUGCUUGAAGGACACAUGCAAAGGAAAAAAAACAUUUUUUUUAAACAGCUUAGAUGAAAAAAGGACGUCAUAAAUCAAUUUUACAACAAAGAAAAAAAAUAUUUAGGGCUAUAUUUACGGCGCCAUACGAAUUUGUAGUUGGUGCCCGCGGGCACUGCGGAAAAGUGGCCGUUAUUUAUCAUGUGACUGGCCCUUAUUUAUUACAUGGUGCUUGCGCUCUUUCCGAAGCUUCCUAUGGCAUCUAAAAGUAGCUUAUUCAUCUUUGUUUGAAGUAUAACAAAACACUAAGAUUAAUAAGUAACUUUUAGAGCCCAAAGGAAACUCCUGAAAAAGCGCAAGUAGACGUGAUAGACUUGUGCGCCGAUCAGAUGACGGCGGAGGCGCCUCGAAGCAGACGAACUUGUGCAAUGACAGCGGCGUGGAGAAACGCGUCGAAGCGGUGGCGCACAACGCUCAGCGUGCGGCAGCAGCGACGCAGCGCGGCGGCGCGCGGGCCUACCACGUGACCAGCACGGCUCCUGCAGGUGCCAACUACAAAGUCGUUUUGCGCCGUAAAUAUAGCUCUAAUUUUUUUUUCUUCAUUGUAAAUUUGUUCCAUAAUAUUCUUUUUCCAUCUAGCCUGUUUAAAAAAAACAUUUUUUUUUUUCCUUUGCAUUGUCCUUUAAGAUGAAGCAAAAUAGGUACUGAUGAGGCGCAGUAGAUAUCGGCUUGGUCGAGGUUACGCGACUCUAAAAUGGAAGCACAAAGUGUGCAACUCGCCACUUCAUUCAAACGUCGGACCUUUUUGAUUUAAAUUCAGAUGACACUCUAAUGGAAACUUUUCACGCAAAAGCAGCAUUAAAUUUUUUACGUACUGCUAGUAAUAUAGGCUGCUGAUAUAAUGGUUGCAUGGAAGAUCGGGAGUGAUGAAAUGGUUUCAAGUUUAGUGCACACCUCGUUUCAUUAUUUGCUCUUCUGCAGGUAUUGGGCACUUUGGCGGGGGUAAAAUGUACUAAUUAUUGAUUAGUCUGUUGUUUUAAACUUGGGCUUAACUUGUACCCGAUGAGAAGUGACGUGUUUUCUUUUGGGUGCUUAGCUACUACCUCCUUAGGUUCCAUUUUCUAGGAAACAUUUAAUUCUCUAUUUUUUACCGAGUGGCACCUGCUGGGUGCUGGUUACAAGCAUGCAAUUCUGUGUGGACUUUACACCCAUCCCGCGGCAGAGCAUAUAUUCCGUAUUACGACGGAUACGUGAUGCAAUAUGUACAGGGAGUAUAGGUUAUACCAGAGAAGCAUUGACACCCGAUUUUAGGUGCUUUCCUUGUUAUUUAUUGAAGACAUCUUUUUGUUUGCAUCCACUUUGGUGCGAACCUCAGUUUUUCUGUUAAGAUGUUUGUGUUGGACCGAUUGCAUAUACCAGAUCUGAUCCUUGUGUGAGACCAGAAAACAAAUGUUUGUUUGCUGUCGAGCUUAUCUACUCAUGCAAGAGGUGCUUUGGAUUGUUUAUUAUUGUUUCACCAUUGGGCUGGAUUGUUCUGAGCUUAGCUAGUAACUUGCCAUAUUCUCUCAGGCAGAGAGAUGAUGUUUACAAUUGUUUUCGUGGCCAAGUUUGUUUAGGUUGUUUACGGCCUACCGUCAUCUUUUUAUAAGGAUUAUCUGGGGAUUUUGGCACCAACAGUAGCCAUUUUCAGUGCCCUAACGCUAUCUUUCCGAUUUUCUUUUGUGCAUGUCAGGUUUUGCGUGAGCAGGGGCUUUGAAGUAGAAUUUUUUUUCUGGCUGCCAAUAAUGCAGUUCAGUUUAGGCUACAAAAUCCUAAAGGCUGAGUAGUCUGUUUUGCACUUUGACAUACGUUAGAACUCUUUCAUUGCUUGGGUUGAUAUAUUGUGUUCAUGUGUUAGGUCACAAUUCUGGAGCUCAGCUUUUAUUGAGUAGGAUGACGCAGAAACACGUUGUCGUGCAAUGAUGGCAUUCGGGCAUUCCUCAUAUCUGGAAAUUUAUGCAAAACACAAGAAUGCGAGUGUUUUGUCCUGGAAUGUCUAGACGAAACUCACACUUUAAGGAAGUGGCGCAUUAGUGUAUCUGGAAAUAUUUAUUUUGAGAUUCUUAAUAAUGUUUUUCUUUUCCUUAAUUUUAAACUCUAACGCUAUAUUCUUUUUUAUCCCAGUUGGGGUGUGCACAAUUUGACAGAGGCCUGUUGUUGAUUUGACAUGUCAACUCCCAAAUUUGGCUCUUUCCUGCUUGUUAUAUUUAUAUAAAUUUUUUUUUUUGUGUGCUGUUUCAUGGUAGCUAGUUAGUACCAAAGCGAUGAAGCAUCUUACUCUUUGUUCAAAGCCAAUUGUUUUUUUUUAAGGAUCCUUCAUGCACUCUAACUAGUUACUGCACUUUCAGCCAUUCUAUCACCAUGCUAGUGAAAGUCUGAAUGCACUUCAGAAUGCGAGAUGUUUGAACAUGUCUUUAAAGCAAUCCCGGAGGCUAAAUGCAUCCUCUGGUCAAUGCAUUACUUUUAUCAAUCGUGGCAAUUUGUUUGUAAGGCUGUCCUGUUUAGCAGCUUAUUUAUUAAGUCAAGAUAUUUUCAUCUAUUUAUUUAGUUCAGACUGUAUUUGUGUCUUUCAUUCUUGUUAUGUUCAAGAGCUCAGCACUUGUCAUGCCCUGCAAUUUUCAACUAACAGGUAGCAAAUUCCUACAAUUCAUUUUGAAGAAGCUUGUACCUGGGGUCUAAAUUGUAUUUUAAAUUUCACUUCAUGCAAUGACAUAUUUAGUAGAAUAUACCAGAGUUUAUUAUAUGUAUAUGGGUUCCACUGUGUGGUCAGUAUUAUGAUAAGUCAGUUUAGUGUGAUGUUACAGGCUCAGAACAGUCAUUGCUUUUCAUUGAAAUGAUUCAUUAGCAAUAGUGUGACAUACUGGUGUCGAAUCUUUCCUUUCUGUUAUUUUUUUGCGCUGUGAAUACUCAAUGAGGUUGUUGAUACGGGAUUUGAACAAAUUGAAUUUUGCAUGGACAAAAUGCAUUUUUUAUAUGUACCAUUGUGUUACGAUACAAGUGAUUUGCCAUGAUUUCAGUGAUGCUCCAUCAUAUGUGCCAUUGGUGGUAAGCAUGCUUUCGUGAAAGCAAACUUUAUUAGCUGCCAAAAGAUAGUGUGGUAAUUAUUGUACCUAGUUACAAGUGAACACAUUUUUUGUGCUAAUGUUUGUGUGACUUUUUGGUUAUGUUUCUGCCUCACAGGUCAGUGUUGUUAGUUUAAUACUGUUUCAUGGUCCUUGGUCUUUUUUGAUCCCAACUUUCUUACAUGCUGAUGCUUUUUUAUGAAUGAUUAUACUAUAUCAGGAGCUUUACACUGCUGCGCAUAAUAAAUAGGCAGAGGUGGUUGUUUCACAAGAAAAUUAUCUCUACUGCCAACAUCAGUGUCUGAUAUUUCAGGGUUUGUACUAGCUGAAGCCUAUUGGCAUAUGACAUAUAUUCCCAGAAAACAAAAGUCUAAUAUAUACUCAGGAGGCCACACUAUCAAGUAUUUUGUACCUGCAAUCCAUUCAGUAAGUUCAUUUGGUAAUGAACUGCUCAAUGUAGUCUGGAUAUAAUUUUAUCAACCUCGGCAUAGCUUUGUUUGAAUGUCUUUGCCAUGUGGCAACUUCACACGUGUGGGGAGCCCAGGUGGAGGUUUUCAAUCUGCUUCGUGUUCUAGUUAAUUGUUUGUGAAAAUGGCAACAAUCACCAACCAUUCCUGAUAAAAGUACUACUAACCACACAGUUCAUGACAGCACUUUGGGUCAAGUCUGUUCCGGAACGGUUGUGUACCACAUCACUUCAAAAGCAGCUGCCACUUCUUUCUUGUCUUCUAAGGAAACCUUUUGGUAGCCGUUUCUUAUGCGACACUUUGUGAAGCCUAUUGUUUGCACUAACCUUUGUAAAUGAAAGAUUCUUUCUGUAUUGUACGAGACCGAUCUGUCCACCAUUUUUUCGUAGUUUUGAGGCUCUUGGGUGUGCCUGCGUGAUGUCUGAUUAAAUGUAGGAAGGUCUCGCAAGCAAUCUGUCUGGCUGAAGUCAGCAUGAGUCAGGUGGAGUCAGGUGGUAAGAAUUAUUUGAGAAAGAAACGUCGAAUGAGUCGGUUGUACCUCAUCACAAGACAGGCAAGCAUGCCUCGAGUGAUUCUUGAUGAUGGCAAAAUGAAGAUAUAUUUGAUUUGGUGUUUUAGUUCUAAGGACGAAAGGUCGACAAUGAGUCAUGUAAAUCACUAUGCUUGCUUUCUCUGGAAUGUUUGCCACUUGCGUGAUGUCGAAACUGUUUGGUGGUGUUUGUUUUCCACGUCUCGAGUCUCUCUGACGUUCCCCAUGUGGAACGCCUUCGUGAUCUUACGCAUCCCGUGGUUGUGCAGUGAGCGUGUCUUGUGACAGAACUCUUGGGAAAACAUUCUUUUCUAGCAUCGUCAAGAGGGAUAGAAACUACAAACUGUGUCUGCCUCAUCGGCAUUGUCAACGUCUACUCUUUACGGCCAUCAUGUCAUUCCGCAAUGUGUGCGCAGUUGCCCCGUGUGUGUGCGCUCACUCUACUGUGUACAGAAGUCGCAUGUGCAGUCCUGCACAUCAACUGUUGUUUCUACUCACCGACACGAUUUGUUGUGAUUGUUCCAGGGAGACAGCUGCUGUGAAGGUUUCUUGUAUGUACUAUUCACUCUGUUGAAACUGAACACUGUUUGGUGUCCCAUCGAUGUAGUAGCAGUCCCUUGUAAUUAAAGAAGACAUCCUUGGGUUACUCACAUGCA